GUCACGCAGCCUCUCAGUUUGCUGGAGUGGUUCGCAAACUUCUACGAAGAGCUCAAGAGACAUGUUCAGCUGAACUCCGCGUGGGAGCUGAAGGAGGGAACCUGCGGCCCGGGCGACCUGGUCUUCAUCCCCAGUGGCUGGUGGCAUUGCGUCCUAAAUUUGGACGAUGACACGAUUGCAGUCACCCAGAACUACGCUUCCGAGACCCACGUCCACGGCAUUCGCCGCUUCUUGUCGGAGAAGAAGGACCAGGUCAGCGGCACACCCGAAAGGGAGCUCUUGUCGGGUCGCUUUGAGGAGGCUUUGGCCAAAGCUCGCCCAGAUCUGCUGGCUGAGAGCGAGUCUCCAGCCGAAGAAGCGAAGACUGCCGAACGGCCAGCCGGCUUCUCCUUCUGGGACCAUUUGAGGUCCACCGGAAAGUCGCUGGGGUAUCAGGCUCCGGAUGAGGAUCCGUGA